UCAAUAAAAUCUAAAUUAUUAAACACUGCCAAAAUGAAACGGAAACCAUUUAUAUCGACAACAAAAAUAACAAAAACAAGACAUACAUCGAUUGAAAAUGUAACGGCCACUAUGAUUGGCAGUAGUGGUGGAAGUGGUGGACAACAAUUUACACCACAAAGACAGCAACCACCAUCCAUUCUAAUACAUCCGGCAAAUUCACCCGAAGAAUAUCAUUAUCAACAUGAACUAAAUCCAUUGAAUUUACAACAACAACAACAACAAUCAUCAAAGGUGACCAUUGAUGUUGGUCGUAGACGUGCCUCUGUCACUAGUACUCAGAUGACAACUGAUAUUGCUACUGUUAGUAGUAUACCUGAUACUAGUCGAAAACAACAACAACAACAACAGACAACAUUAUCAUUAAAUCCAUCAGCAGCAAGACGUAGAAAAUCCUGGGAUCAAAAAGUUACCGGUCCCAUUAGACGUGCUAGUCAGGCCUUAAUAAAUUUAUCCGGUGUAUUAUAUACCGGUAGUGAUAAUGUUUCUUCACUAAGUACGACCAUUUUUGGUCAUAAUUAUUAUGGACAAUGUAGUCGUCGUGAUUCUCGUUCACGAACACAAGAGAUAAUAUUAAUGUGUUCUUCAUUUCAGCGACUUCCAAUGAAAGAUUUUGGUGCCGAAGUACGAGCUUCAAUGGAUGUUGAUCAAUUUUUACAACAAGCAGUAUUAUUAUUGGAUAUAACAGAAACAUCAUUAGAAGGAAUUGUUGAUCGUAUGUUACGAAAGGUUAUCGAUGGCCGUGAACCAUUGACAACACUUAAAGAAGCAAAAACAGCAUUGUUCACACACGAUUCUGGUGAAUUGCAAUUACUUGCCCGUACAAUUCAAGGAACAUACAUCAGUGAUGGUGGUGGUUUCGAUUACGAUCAAUCAUGGCUAUGUUCAAUGUGUAGUUUGCCUUCAUUAGCUAGGCGACAUGUAGCCAUUGCAAGAUUAAAACAUCCAGCAAAUAUGGGCAGAAAUUCACAUGAAGUACGUUUUUUCAUAUUGGUCGUAACACCAAGUAAAGAAAAAGGAACAAAAAAUGCAUUGGAAACUGGACGUACAUUUGCCACAAUAUUUGCUGAUAUUGAUUUUCGACAAAAAUUAUUAGAUGUACAUGGUGAAGCUGAAUUCAAAGGAAUUUUGCUCAAACAUGCUCAAGAUUUAGCUUCUGAACAAAGCAAUCCAACACGUCGUAUGGGUAAUCAUGAACCGGAAGCUGAAUUUGAGGAACCAAGAUGCCAUUUUGCACAAGGAUUAUAUGAUGAUCUAAGACGACGUACAUCACAUUAUCUAAGUGAUUAUGUUGAUGGUUUGGUCGGAAGAAAAACCAUACAGAAAACAAUAUCAACCAUUUUCUUCCUUUAUUUUGCCUGUAUAUUACCGACAAUAGCCUUCGGUGUCCUUAAUAAUAAUAACACGGCGGGAAAAAUUGGUGAUAUUCGAAAAGCGAUCAUUGGACAAACAAUUGGUGGAUUGUCAUUUGCAUUUCUUGGUGGUCAACCAUUGGUGAUCAUAAUGACAACGGCGCCUAUUUGUCUAUAUAUAAAAGUAAUCUAUAACAUCUGUGAAGAUUUUCAAUUGGAUUUUCAUGCAAUGUAUGCAUGUGUUGGAUUAUGGAAUACAUUUUUUCUUGUUCUUUAUGCUGUUUUUGAUCUAAGCAAAUUAAUGAAAUGGUGUACAAGAUCAACAGAGGAAAUAUUUUCAUUAUUUAUUAGUAUUGCCUUUGCUGUCGAUGCUGGUCGUGAUGUAAUCAAAAAUUUUCAAACACAUUAUUAUAGUCCAUUAUGUUUAAAUCAAUUGAAUCGUACUAGUGAUCGGCAACAUUUAUUGCAACAUUUUCGUCAACAGGCUCAAGUAUUGGCACAAUCAAAUUUACCAUUGAUUGUUGAAUCAAUAUUGCCAUCAUCAUUUUCAAAUACAACUAUUGCUACUACAACAGCCGCUACUACAGCUAUUAUAAAUAGUGAUUUAUUGUCAACAUCAACAUUAAAUUAUGAAAAUAAUAGCAAUCUGAAUUUAAAUAAUAAUAAUCCAAAUAAUAAUUGGACAGAUCCAAUUUAUCAAACGGCAUUCUUUUUGGGUCAUUCAAAUUAUUCAUUAUUUUCAACCACUAAUAGUAAUAGUAAUAAUAAUCAUCAUCAUCAUCAUCAAUCGUACAAUCAAAGUGUUCAUACAAAUUAUUCAUCAUCAGAUAUAAUACAUUUAUCUGCUGCCAAUGUAUCAACAUUAGCUACAACACUUGCCUCAUUGAUUUGGUCUCCAGAAGCAAAUCGUAUAUUACAGAAUUUAACAACAGCAGCAUUGAAAUUAAUAUUCACUGAUCUACAUAUGUCUGAAGAUGGUAUUUGUCGUCGUGAGACCAGUUUGCUUUUUCUAUUGCUCAUGCUUGGUACUGUUUGGAUGGCUGUGUCAUUGUUUAAUUUUAAUAAAACUCCUUAUCUUCAAGCUAGUAAAAGAGAACUUUUAGCCGAUUAUGCAUUACCAUGUUCAGUUAUUAUUCUAAGUUUUAUCGGAUCAUUUGUGUUUCGUGAUAUACCAGUUGAACAUUUUAGAUAUGAUGAAGAGCUACAUUUAAAACGUGCACGAUUAGAAGAUCUUCCUUGGACGGCAUUCGGUGCCUGUAUGGGUUUAGGUUUUUCAUUAUCAUUGUUAUUCUUUAUGGAUCAAAACAUUUCCGCUGCUAUGGUUAAUAAUCCAUGUAACAAAUUGAAAAAAGGCUGCGCUUAUCAUCUGGAUCUAUUUGUUGUCGGUAUAUUGAAUGGUUUUCUAUCAUUGUAUGCAUUUCCAUGGAUGCAUGGUGUAUUACCACAUUCACCAUUACAUGUACGAAGUUUAGCCGAUGUUGAAGAACGUGUCGAUCAGGGUCAUGUCUAUGAAAUAAUUGUUAAAGUUCGUGAAACACGUUUAACUGGAAUCGUAUCACACAUAUUGAUUGGUUUAUCAGUAUUUUUAAUACCUUAUCCAAUGGCUUAUAUACCAACUGCCGUGCUUGAUGGCCUUUUUCUUUAUAUGGCAAUAACUUCGCUCAAUGGCAAUCAAAUGUUUGAACGUAUUACGCUUUUAUUCAUGGAACAGGCUGCCUAUCCACCAAAUCAUUAUAUACGAAGAUGUCCACAAAGAAAAAUUCAUCUAUUUACAUUAUGUCAAAUGGUACAAUUGGGUUUAAUGUGUUUUUUUGGUUUCUCACCAUGGCCAUAUAUAAAAAUGGUUUUUCCAGUUAUCGUCAUUCUUUUGUUACCAUUCAGACACAAAAUAGUUCCAUUUGUGAUUGACAAUAAAUAUCUAGAAGCACUUGAUGGUGAAAAUCAAUGAAUAAAAUAGAUAGAUAGAUCUGUCGAUUUAUAAGAAAUUAUAUUCCGUAUACGAUUCUCUGUUCUUGUUUCCGUUUAUAUUUCAUCUAUAAUAAUCAAUAAUCAAACAACAACAACAACAACAACAACAACAAAAAAAAACAUUGUAAAUGAGAAAAAAAAA